ACGGUUUGUCCCUCCGCGCUGUCUCUAUCAGCACUAGUUCCUGUAGCGCACCACUGAAGAGACACUUUGAGUAGCAGCUGUGAAGGUCGUGUAUUUAACUUGUGGUCAUGUCUCUUGUUAAGCCAGCGAUGCGUGGUCUUCUGGGGAAGAGGCUGCGGUUCCAUCUCCCCAUCGCCUUCGCCCUUUCUCUGGUGGCUGCCGCCGGCUUCAAGUACGGGGUGACGGAGCCCAGGAAACAGGCGUACGCUGAGUUCUACAGGAACUACGAUGCCGCCAAGGAGUUCAACAACAUGAGGGAGGCGGGGAUCUUCGAGAGCGUGCGGCCCUCCGGAGAGUAGACCUCCUGUACGUGUCUGCUCGCUUCUCAACCAUUUCCUGUUUGCCACAACUAUUAAGUCAGAUGAGAAUAUGCAUGGACUGGUGUUUAAGAGCUACAAAACUCAAGGAUGGAAACGUUUUUAUUUUAAUCAAAUAGCCCAUCGGUUUUGCUUGGUCUCACCUUAACUCGUUGGAGAUGGACCGGAAGUGUUGGUUAUUUGGGGCGCUUUCGAGCUUCCAUCUCUGUUGAUUCAAGGUCGAGAUCCAACAACCUUUCAGUUUGCUGGUCUCUUUGAGUGUGUUGAACCUAAUGGUGGUUGUACCGGUAAAAAAUGAAAAAAAAUAAAAGGGCAAUGUAAUGGUUUUGAUGAAA